AUGACGGCUCCUGUACGAGACGCGUUACACUUUCCAGGUUCCGAUAGCCAGCACAUAGAAGGCUAUCUACCUCAUGACUCGCCUACAUCGCCCCCAGCUCACGAACACGUUUCUAAGCCCUUCGUCACAUUGACUUUCGCUACUUCUCUCGACAGCCAACUAGCCAUCGCACCAGGUGUGCAGACAGCGUUAUCUGGCCCGCAAUCCAAGGCCAUGACCCAUUUCCUGAGAUCAAGACACGAUGCUAUUCUGAUCGGAGCUGGGACAGCUAUUGCCGACAACCCAUCGCUAAACUGCCGAAUCGAGGGCGUAGGUGGCUAUGGUGGACAAGGGCUCGUGGGGCAACCAAGACCAGUCGUCGUUGAUCCUCACGGGCGCUGGCAGUUUCGCGAAGAGAGCAAAGUUAUGAGAUUAGCCAAGGAGGGCAAGGGGAAGGCACCUUAUAUUGUGACCUGCGUGGAGCCGUCCAAUACUCAACGAAAGAUACUUGAAGGCGUAGGUGGCGAGUAUUUGAUUCGGCAACUUUCUCCGGAGGACAUUGCUGCAGCUAGUUCGUCGUGGCAUAUCAUUCUCGAUGCUCUGGCGCACCGAGGUAUAAAGAGUGUGAUGAUUGAAGGUGGCGGUUUUGUCAUCAAUGAUAUGCUAGGACCUGGCCCCGCCUAUUCCCUAGUCGACUCUGUUAUCAUUACAAUUGCUCCUACAUGGCUAGGAAGAGGCGGUGUACAAGUCUGUCCCGAUGGUGGCUCGGAACGACUGCCCGUCACAAGAUUGAAAGAAACAAAAUGGAUUCCACUCGGAGAAGACGUGGUGCUUUGCGGGCGACCAAACAAGACACUUCGAUAG